UCCGUUUUUACAGAUGAAUAAUGGAUCGAAAUAUGGAUUUGCCACGAAGGAGAUAUGGAUCGGGAGGGAUCGCCAAGAAGGAUUUAGAAUUGGAUCGAUCCCGAUACAAUUCUGAUUUAACGAUCAUCUGCAAGGAUGGGGAAGUGUACUGCCAUCACUGGAUACUAGCUAAACACAGCACUUUCCUCAGGAAACUGUUUGAAGAAUCCUAUUUGCUGAGUUCGGUUGUAGUUGAAGGGUUUACACUGCCCGGUAUUCCUCCACUUGUCAGGAAAAACAGUGUUCCUGUAGGCCGCCAAACCCUUCAUCUUCCUGACUGCGAAACUGCACAGGUUGAAUCCCUGGUGGAUAUUCUGUACACAGGAUAUACCAGAGCUCUUGGGAAGGAACACGAUUUUGACGAGAACCGGAAGUUGAAGUUGUAUGUUCUGUACGAGCUACUGGGUAUCGAUGAAAGCGGGGGCUUACCCCUGAUACAGUUCUGGACUAAAUGUACUCCACGAAGCACAUCUCCAAGGAUUCAGAUCAAUACGAGUACAACAGUAUCUCCAAGUACACAGUUCAAGACGGGUAUAACAGUGUCUCCUUGUACACAACAAUGUACUAGUACAACAGUAUCUCCGGGUAGCGAGAAGAGCACAAGAACAACAACUUCGGGUAUUCAGCCAAUAUAUUGCGUAACUGUUCUGACUAGUCCAGAUUCUGAGACUGAAAACUCAACACGCCUUGUCAUUCCAGUUGUAAGACCGUCCCCUGAGCAACCUAACAGUCCGUCCUAUUCUCCAGUAGACACUAGCAUAUUCUCCGACCAGCAUGAAUAUAUUAAACCAAGAGAUAUCAUUCUUCAACCUAGUCCUUCCUCCUCUUCACCUUUAAACCCUGCUCCCUUCAAAACACCGCUUAAAUCUGCUGAAGAAAGUGGGUCAGCCACUAAUUUCACCGUGUCAUCUGCACCGUCAGAUUCGUCUCUACCUGUUCCAUCUAAAGUCCAGGCAGACCUACUUGAUGUCCUUCGUAAAGAUGAUCAGGAACAUGAGUCUGAUGAAGUGUUUAAUUCUAUUUCUACAACUUCAUAUAAAGCCCCAAACUUUGGGAUUGUUCGACAUAAAGAUAACCCCGAAAAUGUGCUUGAUGAAUGUGAUGAUAAUAAAACUGGAAAUAACUCAAUACAUAAGACGAAUCAGCAUAAGAAAAGAACGCAAAAGGACAAAACCCCCGUGGAAAAGAAAGCAAAGAAAGAAAAAAAAGACAGAAAGUCGCCCGAAAGAAAAUCACAUAAAUUCAAAAAGCUGAAGCAUUGUGAAUCAAAAGACAAGAAAAUAUCAGAUAUUAGUAUAGACGAUCCGGAACUGAUCAUAUCUGAACCCGAAAAUGAUGAUGGAAAGAGAAAACUAAAAAAUGUCGAUUAUAAAACAGGAAAUAAGAGAAAGAAUGUGUCUGGCUUGGAAAUUUCUCCAAUACAUGAAAAAACAGUUGGUUUAGUGGAUGAAAUGGAAAAUAAAAGCCUCAAGGUUGGUUCAAAGAAAGAGAGAACAAUAAAAAUACUAAAGCACAUUCCUGCAACAGAGAUAAAUAGCAGCAAGAAGAAAAAUAUGGCCGAGACAAAGACUAAAAAUAAAGAAAGGAGACCAAGUCUCCCAGCUCAAGAACCAAGAUUUGAAUCUAUUGAAAAAUGGUCUCCUGGUGGCAGUGAUGUGAAUCAAGGAACAGUUCAAGGUCCAGGGAAAAUCAUAGAAAUUGAUGUUGUUUCAGAUUGUAGUGAUCAGUUGAGUCCUGAGACUGGUCAGAGUAGAUCUUCUCCAGAUGGGUUCUGGAGUCCAGAUGAUGAAGACGACCUAGAGAAGGACGAAGACUAUACACCGAUCACCAAGGUCUCUAGAAACACUGGAUCGACGGGGAAAACACGACGAAGCGCUGGUGUCGCCGACAAAUGGAUUACUUUAAAUCUGGAGAAAAAUGUUAAAAAGGAAAACAGGAAAGAUGAUGAUGCGACGACGAAGUAUAAGGUUGAUGAGAAAGUUCUACUGGAAAGGUUUGGUUGUAAGAGUGUCCAGGUUGGAAUUAAACUGAAAGAUAUUCCUGAAAGUUCUCACUCCAAGUCCCAGCUCAUCUCAUCGGUAUUCCACCGCAAGGCAAAGAGCAGGGACGUUGAUCCUGAAAUGACCGAAGAUGAAGGAGACAUCAUUAAACCUCCUGAUGAAUUACCACUUGAACCUCUUCAAGAAAUAUGUUCCAACUCCGCAAAGGAACUGGAAGCGAACAUCUGUUCAUCAAACGCAAAAGUCCCAUCUGAACCUAAGAUUACAACUGCAACUGAAACUAAGGCUAAGAUUAAGUCUGAAAUUGAAACUAAGAUUAAGUCUGAAAGUGAUCCUGAUUUUGUUUGUCCUAUUCAGCCCUGUCAAAAAGGUAAAAAAAUCCUGCUGAGCGAUAAAAAGGAAGUUUUACUUCAUCUGAUCUCUGGACAUCUACGAAAAGAUAGAUUCAAGCUCUACAAGGAUUAUAGAGGAUUGAAAGGAGUGUCCAAGUGUCCAGAUUGCAGAUAUGAGGAGAAAUCCACGAGUAAAUAUCUGCAACACAGGGCAUUCUAUCAUAAAGAUCUAUCCACCAAACUUCAAAAGGCACUUGCUUCUAAUAUACUGGAUAAGGAUGAAGUUCAUUGUUAUAAGAGUGUUGAAUCCUUCCUUUCUCUCAAUUGUCUGGAGAAGGUUGAUUACGAAUGCCGCGUCUGUAAGAAGGUGUACAAGUCCUUCCUGGAAAUGCGGCUCCAUGCUCUAAACCGUCACUUGAGACAAGAUCCUCCCUACACGGAAACUGAGUCCUUCUACUCAUGCACAACCUGUAACUCAUCUAACACUACUAAGAAGGAUAUAGAAAAGCAUUUGGCUACAGUUCAUCCUGAGCUAGUGGAUUCAUUGAUCGCUAAGAUUGUGGAAUCCGUAACCCCUAUGUGCGUGAUUAAGACUGAGAUAAAAGCAGAAAUUGAUCUUUUUUCUACUCCUAAAAUACCUAAAGGACAGUCCGGGAAAGUAGGUUCCAGGAAUAAAAGGAAGAGUAGCCACUUGCCGGAUGAUCUCUUCACUGCUGAUAUUCCAAAGAAAUCAAAACUUUCUUCUCCGUCCAGUUCUAAACCUGCCACACUAGAAAGUAUUAUGACUGUAGUGUCUAGACCAGAUAUGGAAAACGUUAUUAUUCCUCCAGAAUUCCUUGGUUCAACAUCAUCUAAUCCAGAUCAUCAUUCAGAUGUAUCCUCUUCUCCCGAACUGCCUGAUAAGAUUAAAGAACCUGAGUCACCUAUAGAACCUGUACUAGAGUCUGUUGUGAACCCUGGACCAGACCCUAGAGAACCUGAUCCAGAAAAUGAUGUUACAAAACCUAAACCAGAGCUUGCUUUAAAACCUAAACCAAAGUCAGAAACCCAGCUUGUAAAUAAGAAGUCUAAAUGUAAAUAUUGUGAUUAUAUGGUUAAGCAACAAUCAGAUUUUAUUUCUCAUCUUUCUAAGUUCCAUACUAAGGAGUAUCCUGAAAUUCAGCUUUUAGAGGCAGGUGUCAAAAAUUUUGAAUGUGGGCUUUGCUCUUUUAGGACCAAAAAGAAGCUGGAGUUUGGAGUGCAUUUGUUACGCAAGCACAAGCAAAUAACAUGCAAUGUGAUAAAAAAUCAGGAAAUGUGGACCAAGGGAGACUUAGAAAUAGGUUCUUUUACCGAAAAUAUUAUUGAUAUUGUGGAACCUAAAAUUGAUUUGCCUCUUGAGUUCAGUUCUUACGGUGAGGUUGACCUCUCUAUAGUGGCCACUACUCCAUCUCCAUGCACGGAGGAUAAGGAUCAACUCUGCAUUACCCUUGAAGAUAAAGCAGACCUGUCCGAUGGAGAGAUUGUCUCAGAUUCUGAUGAGAAUACCUGUGAUUAUUGUGAUAAAUCAUUUUCCACUCCUAAGAAGACGUCACAGCAUACAUUCUCUCGACAUAUUUCAAGGAUUGAUAAUAUUUGGAAGGGUUUACUGAAAGAGGAUCAGCAUUGGUUUCAAUGUUGUAAUUGCCCUUUUCGCGAUAAAAAAUUUGUUGAUGUGCAGGUUCACAUUCAUAAUCAACAUUUCAGGAUUUUAAAUGAUCAAAUUUAUAAAGAAACUGAACGUAGAUGCAAGGAAUUUCAGAUUAUUGAGCCCUUAGAGAUUCUGGAAGAUGGGGGUGAAGAUCUAGCUACAGAAGCAGUUGAAAAUGUACCUGAACCCAUGAAUUGUAAUCUUGGUCUCCUAAACAAGAAAAAGCUUGCACCUGUACCUGAACUUGAACCUACACCCAAACCUGAAACUGCACCCGAAACUGAACCUGUGCCCCAAUCUGCACCUGUUCUCGAACCUGACACUGUACCAGAACUUGAACCUGAUCAUUUCAAAUGCUUAAUAUGUAGUACAAAAAGUAAAAGUUUAGUUGACCUUAUAGCUCAUGUUGAUGAGCAUAGUACCACCCUCAGUGCUUUUAUGGCAAACCAUUUAUGUCGAGAGGAAUUGCGUUCCAUAGAGAGCCAAAACUCUGAAUCAAAGGUUAAAACUAAGAUCUUUGGUUCAGCAGGAAUUCCGAUGCUGUUCUGCUCACAGCCUAAAUGCCUCUUCGUCGAAAAGGACGAGCUCAAGCUACAAAAUCACUUGCAGGCACAUGAAAAGGCUCUGUAUAUCUGUGGAAAGUGCUGUCUAGAUUUCCCUAGUAAGGAGAAGAAUAGAAAUCAUUACAAAUCCUGCCAGUUCGACAGGUUUAAGAAGUGGGUUUAUGAACUCUGGUCUAAACUAGGGAUUACUACAGUUAAACUUGAGGAACCUGAGCCUACAAUAUCGUGUACUCACAUGAUAGGAGGGUGCACGGAAAAAUUUUGGUUGAAGCAGGAGAUGCACCAGCAUGCGCGAAUAUGUGCGCAUAGACCUCAGACUUCUAUUGUAUGCCCAUGCUCAAAGAAGUUCUAUUACCCUGAAGAUUAUGAAAGUCACAUGAUGAAAAAACAUCCAGAUUCCAGAAACCAAAAUUAAAAUUAAAAUCUGAUUUUUAAUAUCUAUGUUAUCAGCCAUCAACCGAGUUCUGGUCUGGUCUUAAUUGAUAAACAUAAUGUGAUUUAAUAAAGUAUGAUUUUAAUGUAAAUAUAUACUUUUGAACUAUUUCCCUCUGAAUGAGGGCCUGAAAAUA